AUGGAAGGAAUAUGUGGACUUAUUGACUGCACUACCAACGGUCACUCCACUUCCGCCGUAGUAACGCUCAGGGCGGACAUCAGAGCAGCCUGUAGAGACAGACCUGUCCUGUCCUGCCAGGCCAACAUUCCCAGCCGAAUUGACUUCAGCCUCUGUCAAGCACUGCGUCAGGAGAUGGAGGUGGCAGAAACAUCUAACCCAUCUUUCAGACGUGUGCUGGUCUUCUGCUUCUUGCUGGUUCUGCUGUUUCGAUGCUCCAAUCAGAAUGUCAAGGAUUCGAGGUUUAAGAUCACAUGUCAGGAAUUUUAUGUAAGAAACAAACUGUCAAGUCUUUCAUGUGAAGCGGAUAAGAGCUUUUUUGACCAGAUGUGCGAUGAGAAACGCCAGGAUCUUCAAUUUUUAUAUGAACGCGCUGAUUUGGAUGAGGACGAUGGCCCAUACCGCAUUUGUCCGCUUUUGUUCGAUUUAAGCAAAUGUCAAUCAGAGGCGGCAGAGGGAAACGUUCUCUGUGAACAAAUUGGUGACAAAUGGAUCUACACCUGCUAUUUUAAUGCGAGUGACAUGUACCUAGGUAUUAUAACGUGGUGUGACAUAAAUUGCGAAAGUCACACAACCGGAUUGGAACACGUACUCAUCGAAACCACAAAAUGUCAUCCUUUGGUAUAUGUGAAUGAAACGUUAACAACCGCACCACCACCAGCUAAACCAGCCCCACCAAAGGAAGAAUUUCCCCUAUGGGCAGCAAUUCUCAUUGCACUUGGCAUUGCCGGUUUGAUUGCAUUGGUGGCGUUCCUAGCGUGGAGAAAGCGUCGGCAGGCCCAAGGUCCCGUACAAGCUCCAGAAGGAGGAGCGGCUCAAGGAGAAGGUGAAGGAGAAGGUGAAGGAGAAGGUGAAGGAGAGGAUGAAGGAGAAGGAGAGGAAGCUGAAGAGGCAAGUGCCGAAGAGUCACAACAACCAGAAGAAGCAGCAGAAGGUGGAGGAGAAGCACCAGCGGAGGAGUAAAGAAACGGAUUUCCAACAAAACAUCGCAACAACCGCUGUGACAAGAAGGGAGGGAGCAGCUCCAUCAUUAGAACAGAAAUGUGAUAAAAACUGAUUUGUUUACACGUACACUUGAUUACGAGUUACCAGCUUGUCGUAAUAGGAUGAUAGUACAGGCAACAACAACAUCUUGUGUGUAUACAUCAAAGGGUAUGUCACAGCGAUGUCUGUAUUGUUUAGCUUGGUCUCAAUGAUAAAGUCUGUAUUGUUUAGUCUGGUCUCAAUGAUAAAGUCUGUAUUGUUUAGUCUGGUCUCAAUGAUAAACUCUGUAUUGUUUAGCUAGGUCUCA